AUGGAGGCUCCAGAUUGGAUUGAAUUAUUAAUGCGAGCUUUCUUCUGCUUCACCGGGAUCAUAGGGAACAGUUGGCUGGGUUUGCGCUCUCUGCCCAAAUCUGGAUCUCAGCUUCGGACCGGCGAUGUCCUCUUCGUUAACCUGGCUGUGUCCAAUCUGAUCACGAACUGUCUGGUGGACCUGCCGGAAACCGCAGCGCACUUCGCCAAAUCCUGGCUCACGAGUAAAGAGUACUGCAGCGUGACUCAGUUUUCUCAUGAAAUCUCGGAGACCAGCAGCAUCUUCUCCACUAUGUUCAUCAGCAUGUAUUGGCACCAGAAACUGGUGGGCUCCAUCAGUCGUGGAGGAGCUCCGGUGCAGAUGGAUGAUUUGAGGUUAGUCCGCGUAUUGCUCGCUGGGAGCUGGAUCGUGUCGACUGCAUUCAGUCUCCCACACAUCUUUAUCGCAGAACACAACGCUAACGAGAGUUCAGAGGUUUGUAAAGAAUGUUUCGCAUCACCUGUAGCCAAGCAGACGUUUGAUGGUGUGUAUCUCACACUGGCUAACGUCGUUCCAAUCAUUGGGAUAACUUAUGCCACCGUUCAGAUCGUCUUAACGCUCCUUCGGAGUCAAAAACGACUUAAGGAUCUCUCUGGGAAUGGAACAAACUCUCAACAUCCAUCUGUAGACCAAAAACUGCAAGCAGAACGCAGCACAGAAGAAAGAUCUCCGCAGCUGAGAUCCAAUCAGUCCUCGAGUAGCCAAGUUCGAGCUGCCAAAAGUGUGGUUGCAGUCGCCACCAUCUUCAUCUUCUGCUGGUUUAUUCACCUUGUGCUCCGCAUCUACAGCAGCUUCAGAAACUCCAUCCUCGCUGUGAAACUCACCAAUUUUAUAGGAGCUUCAUAUGUCUGUUUCGUCCCGUAUGUCUAUUUGCACGGCAUGAAGAAACUCAACUGCGGUAAGAAUUGGUGA